AUGAUCUAUGGGUUUAAAUUGGUAGUGAUGAAGAUAGGUUCUAGAUUUUGAUGUUAACAUGUGGCAGUGGUAGGUGAAGUAGAUGGGUGGUGUUGGUCAAAACGCAAAGAGCUUUGCUUUGAGAAAAAGAAAAAGGAAGUCAUAUCCAAACUCCAAUCCUUUCAUGCAGCAGACAUUGAAAAAGAUAUAUUAUGUCCCUUAAUAUGACAUCUUAUUUGUCAAAAGGGGAUUUGAAGUAUGUUGUUUUAAAAUUUUCCUGAAUUCACUGUAUGUUAUGGAUUUCUCUUAAGAUCCACACAAGAGGCAUCCAAAUUAAAGACCUAAAAGAAGGUGAAAAACCUGAUACCUAAUAUCUGUAACCAAUAGGAAAUCCAAAGAUAAAUUUCCAUCUAUGUGAAUUGAAAUUGUAUUGAUUACAUUUCAUCAAACAUGUGGAGUGCUCAGCAUUUAUAAUAUGAAUGUAUGCAUGCAUGUAACUUUUAAUUUUUCUGUAGUAGGUAAAUCGUCAGUUUCUAUUUUUGCAAUUUGUUCAUUUCUUAUAAAUUUCCUUUCCCAUUAGGAAAAGAUUUUGUGCUUCCAAUGACCAGAAAAUAGAGGUCUUUUGAGAUUCUAAUGCUUUUAUUUUGGUGAGUGAAUAGUCAUUAUAAAAAAUGAAAGUAAAGCUAAAUAGUCAUUAUAAAAAAUGAAAGUAGAGCUACCCGAAUAAAUGGUACAUGUACACAGGCAAAGCUACAAGCAGUCUAGAAAGCAUUUGAUUCUAAUGCUUUUAUUCUUAAGUAUUGGACUUACUGGCUCAUUCAUUGUGCAUUCAAAUGACAUUAAUAUGCACACAUUUGUGCUUAAUAACCUACUUGAUGUGUGUGUGUGUGUGUACUUUUCCAGGGGCUGCUGUAAUGCUUGCAGAGUUGGCUGUAGAGGCUGAUUUGCCUAAUGGUGUCUUAAAUAUAGUUCAUGGCAGCAAUGAAAUUGUUAAUGCUAUUUGUGAUGAUGAUGAUGUUAAAGCUAUCUCAUUUGCUGGUCUGAAUGUGGCAGGCACUUACGUAUAUGCAAGAGCAUCAGCAAAAGGGAAGCGUAUCCAGUCCAAUGUUGGAGCAAAAAAUCAUGCAGUUGUCAUGCCUGAUGCAAGCAUGGAUGCCACUUCAAAUGCACUAGUUGCUGCUGGUUUCGGUGCUGCAGGACAAAAGUGCACGGCACUUAGCAUAGUUGUUUUAAGAAAAUUUGAUAGACAAGGAUCCAAGCAAGGCAAUUUCCCUGUUCUGGUCUGCCAUAAAUGCAAUUGUGAUGAAACGAUUGGAUUAAUAUGAUGAGGCAAUUGAGGCUAUCAAAUCUUUUCGUCUUCUCUGCCCUUAUGAUUCUCAGGAAUCUCUUUGCAAUAUGUUAGUUGAACUCUACAAGGGGAGGUAUUUCUGCACACUUAGUAUACGGGAUGGUUCUGGAAUUUUUUAAAGUUCUGUAUGAACUAUUUGGCAUGCUCUGUACUUUUUCCUGGCCUUUGAAUUCUCCACUAUUGUUUUUGUCUAGGAGAAACAGAUAUAUAUAUAUAUAUAUAUAUUUGCAUGAGAAUUGCAAUUCCCUCUUGGUGCACAAGUAGCAUUUUUUGUUCCAUUGGAUUAGAUUUGCUAAUGAAGUAGCAUGGUUUAAAGUCAAAGCAAUUGUAAACUCUUUUUCUUAAGUUAGAAUUAAUCUACUCUAUCUUUUUUCUUCU